GACCCGGUUGUGGUAAUCUGGCAACUUGAAGUGGAAGCAUGAAUUGGCACACGGUUCCGACGUCCGGCAGUCGCCAACUUUCCGAGUCCAGCACAGACAGAUCUUCGAAGAGCUUGGGCACUAUGAACUUGCUGCGUCUGCUGCCGUGUGCUGUGGCUGCCGUCGCCGCCCUGAUGGCCCCCGCAGCCGCUGAGGAGCGCUGCUUCGACAAGGACUUCAUGUUCGGCUCGGCCACUGCCUCGUACCAGGUGGAAGGCGCCUACAUGGAGGGCGGUCGCACGCCCAGCAUCUGGGACGACUUCUGCCGUGAGAAGCCCGGUCUAUCCUGCGCCAACGUGGCCGACGACUUUUACCAUCGCUACCCUAGCGAUCUCAAGAUGAUGGCCGACGACGGUCUCCAGUCCUUCCGUUUCUCCAUAUCCUGGUCGCGUGUCAUGACGUGGAACCCGGCGAAGCGCCGCAUGGUACCCAACCCGACCGGUAUCGCCUUCUACCACGACCUCAUUGACGAGAUGGUCAAGAACAACCUCAAGCCGAUUCUAACCAUCUACCACUGGGACCUGCCGUCGGCGCUGCAGACGGAACUCUCCCCCGCGGGCUGGCUCAGUUCGGACAUUAUCAGUCACUAUGUGGACUUCGCUGCACUCAUGUUCCAGGAAUUCGGCCAGAAACUCGACUACUGGACGACUUUCAACGAGCCGUACUCGUUCGUAACGCAGGGCUACGGUACCGGUGUGCACGCCCCCGGCUUCACCGGCUCCGAGACCAACACAUACAUUGUGACCCACAACCUGUUGCGUGCCCACGCACUAGCAGUGCAGAAAUUCCGUGAGUUCCGUAGCAACGGUAUUAUGCGCCCCACUGCUCGCAUCGGUAUCGUGCUGGUGGCGCACAUGAUGUUCCCGCUGGACCCGUCCAACCCCAAGGACGUUGCUGCCGCUGAGCGUGCGCUGCAGUUCGACUACGGUUGGUUCCUGCAGCCCAUGAUCUCUGGCGACUAUCCGGUCGUAAUGCGCGAGGUGGUGGGCGACCGUCUGCCUCGUUUCACUGAGCAAGAGUCCAAGAUUCUCAAGGGAUCAUACGAUCUGUUUAUGAUCAACCACUACGCGUCUAAGUCCGUGACGGACUGCGACUCGCCGACGUCCAAGCGUAGCUGUGAUCAGCUUACGCUCGGCUGGGAGAAGGACAAGGGCGUCGACGACACUCGCGCUCCCGAGGGCUCGCGUCUUUCCAGCAUGGACCGCCACGGCAACCGCAACUGCGCAUGGUUCACGGCAUACCCGCCUGGAUACCUGGCGUUGAUGAAGUGGGUGAGCGCCCAUGACCCGUCGGCUGAUGUAUUGCUGACAGAAAACGGUUGGUGCGGCAACGCUGAAGCCGACGGCGCAGAGGAUCAGAUGUGGUAUUACACGAAUUACAUGGAGCAGGUUUACAAGGCUGUGACGGAGGAAAAGAUCAAGGUCAUCGGCUACACAGCGUGGUCCUACCUGGACAACUACGAGUGGGGCUCCUUCGAGCCGCGUUUCGGACUUUACUACGUCAACUUUACAUCCCAGACAGGUUCCAAGGACUACGUCUCGGCGAAGCCCACGGAGCUGGAGCGCGUACCGCGGCCGGCUGCCAAGUGGUUCAGCAAGCUGGCCAAGACGAAGUGCAUCCCCACGACCUCAGAGUCUGCAGUUGUGAGUGCCCCUAGCGGAGUGUCUAGUAGUGAGGGUCUGUCGACCUGGUCUAUCGUGGGCAUUGUCGUUGCGGCUGUUGUGGUGGUUGGUGCCGCUGUCAUUGGUAUCCGCGCCUAUAACAACCGCCGUGGCUCCACCAGCGAGCGCAGGCCGCUGUUGUAAUUCACCAAAACCGUUGUCGACAGUCAAGUAUUGGUCUGUUCGAGGAGCGGGUGGUUCUUUGAAUUAGGGGUUCCAACGUUAAGGUCUUAACCUCACGUUAACUGUUUCUAACCUCAGCGUUGACGUUGACGUUGAAGACAGUCUAGAGGUUUACUAAACCUUUUUGUCCACUCUUCCUGUCCCAUAAUAAGUGCAUAUUUUAAUACUA